AUGGCAACAAGUAUGGGCCCGAAUUUCUCUGGGCAUCCUGCUGGCAUGGGGCAUCCAGGUGUCGCUGGCCAUCCCAUGGGACCUGGUGGCAUGCCUCACAACCCAGGUCAGCAAGGUGCUCCUGGGGGAAUGCCUCAUCAAUUCGGAGGACCUAUGGUCUCUGCUCCCGGAGCACAAGUAAACCCUGCCCUCAUGGGCGGUAUGCCGCCGGGUGCGAACCCAAAUGCUCAUGCUUUACAGCACCUCAACCCCACCGCGCAGCAGCAAAUGCUUCAGCAACAGCUCCAGCAACAACAUUUUGGUAAUCCGCAAGCGAUGGCUGCGAUGCGACAGCAACAGCAACACCUACUUCAGCAACAACAACAAGCGCGACAACUCAUGGCUCAUCAAGCCUUCCAAGCCAAUAUUCAGGGCGGUAUGCCUAUUAACAUGGGUCAAUUUAGCCAACUCAACCCUCAGCAGCUCCAUCAACUCAGAAGAGGCCUGGCUCCGGGACAGCAUCCACAAGCCCAAGCGAUUAUGGCCCAGCAGCUUGCUCUGCAACAACAUCAACAGCAACAGCAGCAGCAGCAGCAACAGCAGCAACAACAACAGCAGCAGCAGCAGGUUGCUCAUGCUCAGCAAAUGCAAGCUGGACCUAAUCCAGGCCAACCGAUGCAGAUGAACGCUCAGAGCAUACAAGCUAUGCAGCAAAAUCAACUCGCUCUUCAAAAUCAGAUGGCCAACCAGCAGGGCCAACAACCCCAGGGCCAACCUCAGCCUCAACCCCAACCACAACAGCAGCAACAGCAGCAACAGCAGUCUGGCCAGCAACAGCCUCAGCACACCCCUCAGCAAUCAUCGCAGGCUGGUACACCCGCUCCCACUGGACCUCAAACACCAGCUCAAACGCCCAGCUCAACUCCUGCUCAGCCCUCCCAACUUCCACCUGGACAGAGCCAACCCCAGGUGCCACAAACUCCUGCUCAAUCACAAGCUCAACCGCAGCCUCAACCCCAGGCACAGUCACAACCGCAGCCACAAGCUCAGCAUCAGCAGCAUCAGAUGAGCGCCACUACCGCGCAGCAACUCGCACUUCAAAGCCAACUUCUCCAGCAGCAGCGACGAGAUAGCAUGAAGGGCCAAUGUUUACUAAAGCUGAUGCAAUUCAGCGAACACUUGAGUGGCUUUCCUGGCUCAAAGGGCCGAGAUGACGUCUCCUACUGGCAGGGCUUUGUGUUUCGCUUCUUCUCACCAAAUGGUGUCUUUCGUCAUUCAUUACAUAUCACUGACGCCGAGGAUACGACCGAUAAGCAAUACGAAAUCGCUUAUCCUGCUAUUGCUCGAUACUUUCACACGCAUUUUGGCAGUGGCGUAAAGAAUAUGCAGUUGAUCAUGGAUAAGGGUGUGACAGAUCGACCUCUUCCUGGCGAUUGUCACUGUAUUGAAAAUUCCAAGGCCAGUUUCGUUUAUUGGUUCGAGACUGGAUCUCACUUGGUCGCUAGUGGUACGCUCCGAGCACAAUUCGACGCUGAACAAAGGAUCGAACUUUUCGAGUUCCUCACCACGAGUCAUGACGAAUUCAUAUCACGAAAACAGGUCAUCGAUGCAGCGAAGCCCGCCCACAUGUGGAUGAAGGAAUGGCACAAAACUAACUCACAGGAUGGCAAAUCACCCGAAUUGUCUAAGAAGGGCAAGGGUCGACAGUUGAAGUCACCUCAAACCCAGCCACCAGAGGUCCUAGUUGACCUGCCGGAUUCGGCUGUCAACAGCAAAGGUGUGACUGAAGCUGUCUUCCAGUUUCUUGAGAUUGUUGAAGUGAUGGGACAGAUGAACCCAUUAUUCCAAUUUUACCAUUCGAACCCCGGCCUUGGCCCGUACCAAGCCCUCGAUCAGUAUGUCUCAACACAGAUCAACGGAGUUCCGCCCAAUAUGAAUGGUCAACAAAUACCCCCCGGGGCCCGCACACCGAGCUUCGGACAAUUUCCCAUGGGUGCAAGCCCAGCCGCGGCUCAUAUGAACCUCCCUGGAUCACCACACAUGGGCAGCCCAGCACCUGGACACAUGCAAGCUCCCGGAAUGCAGAUGCAGCAAAGUCAGCAGGGCACUGGGUCAAGCGGCCCCAGUGCAAACACCUCCCCCGCUUCGAACAAGCGCCGACGGCCAUCAGCAGUGAAAGAGGAGGAUGGAUCUGGAGCACCUACGCCUGCUGCCAAUGGAAUCCCACGUAAUGCCAAACCACCCACACCAAGGAUGCCAAAGCGUCUCAAGGGAAACCCGCCAGCCCAGUAA